AUGCCGCCAAAUCAGCUCCAUCUGCCCUCGUUCAAGGAUCUGGUCACCUUCUGCAAGGAUGACCGUGUCACCGUAGAGGCAUCGUCCCUGCCGGUGGUCAGGGAUGCAUCGCAGGCUGCGCAUCAGACUGCCUUCGACAGGCGUUGUUCCGAUGCCGGUAGGGAAGCACGAGAGCGACACAGUCUCGACCAAGAGCAGCGAGGCAAUCCACCCUCCCGAGAGCCAUCAAUUCAGAGUCGUACUUUCCCGACAGUCAAGGAGCCCGAAGGUCGUGGUCUGCAGCAUGCUUCUCAGACGGAUCAUACGGACCAAGUUCGGCCUCGUUCCGCCGAUCUCUCCGGCACACUACCAAGACCGAUCCACACGGCGAGCUCCAGCUCGUCGUCUGCAUCCACAAGGUCGAGCGAAGAGUCGGCGCGACUUUCCCACCCGCAAUACGCUCGCUCAGUCACGCAAGUCCAUCCCUCGGACCGACGCUCCGAAUUCCAAUCCCAGCAGUCCAAUCGCUCGCCGGCCGAGCUGAAGCCGUCGCGUGGCGACACCUUCAUGCCACCAACGCCAUCCACGGCAACUCGAUCCGAUACCCGCUAUGCGCCCCAGACGAUUCCGAGCCAGCGCUCGAUGCCGUAUCGCUCCAGCAGAGAGAUGCACCCGAACGGCCACGUCAAACAGUUCGAACACGCCCACCAGCGCCACCCGCAAGACCACCGCGUCCGCUCGUGCUCUGCGAGUCCUCACGCGGCGAGCACCGACCGAGGCCGUUCGGCUCCGUCUUCGCCUCCGGCGUACGUCGCCCGGCAGACGCUUGUUGUCCCCGGCUCUCGCUCGCAUCCACCGCCCAUCGCUCCGAAGCCGACCAUCGCUCGACCCGCUACGCAUGAUGGUGCGAGGACGUUCGACUCGCGCUCAUCCGCUCCCAUGCAUCGGGCACAACCGGCUCAUGCGAGGUCGGGAGAUCACAGCGUGGGGUACCCCCAGACACGCACUUUUGCGGCUCAGGAGAGUAUGGCGCAGGUUCGGGGUGGUGAGCACGACCCGAGUCGAAUGCACACAGUCCCGCACCGACAAGAGGUCAACGGUCGAGGCAGUCUGCCGGAUCGGAAGCGCUAUGACGACGAGGUUCAUCGCGAUACAAGGAUGGCUGGUCCAGCCUUUGCCGGCUUCGCCGCAACACAGAGCUCGUCGCAACGAGCACACACAGAGGCUUCAGCCCAGCAUCACCGCGUCCGACCUUCUCAUCCGUCGCCUCUCGACGCUAGCCCCCAGCUGAGGUACGGUACAAAUAGUCAGAUCGCGGCCACAUCCGGACCGGUCCGACAGUACACCGACACGGCUACAGAUAUCGCUGCUAGGCGCGAGUCGGCAAAAGAGCGAGACCAUUCGCACCGGCAGUGCACCUCGCCGUGCAGCCCGAGCUGUCCUCGGCGCGGAAGCGUACGCCACAACGCAGCGCACUUUCACCAAGCGAGCCGCGAGCGGAUGCCGAGUCAGCCGCAGAUCCUACGUGCCCAGUCCGAGGAGACGCGACGGCUUCAAGCGCGUCCUGCCCCUCAGGCUGGAGUGCGAGGAACGAGAGACGAGCGCGAUGGAGUCGUUCGGCGCGAAGCCGGAUUCUCGGACGACGGCAGGUAUGCGAUGCACCGCUCCACCGCGCACGCCGGGUCGCAAGUGCAGCGUCGCGUGUUGGGCGGAGUGUCGGUGCGCAGCCAGCAGCCGCGUCACCCCACCGCCUACGCGAACUCGUACCAGCCCUAUGAUGCUUCUGGCGGAUACGCAUCUGGUGUGGCGGCGAAAAGGUCCUCUCAGGGGUCGAGUCGACGAAUGUCGCCACCCCGACUCACCCGCCAAGGCGAUAUCGAUGCCGAUUCGUUCAGCUCAGCCACCGAGCGCGCUCUUCCUCGCAGCACCGGCUACACCCACGGUCGGUCGGACGACCACGAGCCUGCGCACUUCGUCCGGACCCAACGCCUCUCUACUGAGCAGCAUCAAUACUCGGCCUCGCACGAAGCGGCCGCUCACGAGCGCGCCUACUCGACCCCACAGCGAGGCAGCGAGUGGUCAGGCGAUCCAUCUGCGGCAAGAAGCAGUCCUCACCGACCCGUGAUCGCGUCGCAGCAGAUCGCUCCCGCCGCAGCCAUGCGCGAUGACGGCUUGCAGCGAAACGGCUCCAUGGCCGUACAAAGGCCGACAAAAAGGCUGCGCGCCGGAUCCGAUACUUCGCUCUUCCGUCCCGCUCGCUUCGCCGAGCAGAACGCCGGUGCAGAUCGACCCGGCGGACACAGCUUGCAGAGCUCGCCUCUCCCUCGUCCUGAAUCCUAG